UCAUGCUGCUGCCAGGUCCAGAGUCUCUCAUGGGUCCCUGUACGGCCUCCCAUUGCUGCUGUCUCCAUCGCCACACUCUGCCAUGUGCCACUUUCAGGUCUCCUCACACUGCUGCCUGGGGUUCCAUUUUGUCAUAGGGUGCUGGCAGAUUACGGGCCUCCCAUUGCUGCUGCCAGGCCUUAAUCUGCCAUGGGCCCCUGUACCGCCUCCUCAUGCUGCUGCCAGGUCCACAGUGUCUCAUGGGUCCCUGUACCGCCUCCCAUUGCUGCUGUCUCCAUCGCCACACUCUGCCAUGUGCCACUUUCAGGUCUCCUCACACUGCUGGUGUGUUCCAUUUUUUGUC